CUUCACUGCAUUCACACGUUGUCUUUAUUUUUCAAUUUUUGCGUGCUGCAGCAUUAGUGUUCGCAAUUUGUUUUCCAUCGUUUACCCCCAGGAAUAAUUGAAGGGAUUUUUACGUUUAAAGCUAUUUCCAUAAAAUGGACGGUGAAAGCAAGCAACUGAUCAGUGACUGCUUCCUACGGACAAUCGUCGAUCCGCGUUCGACGAAUGCCCCACUCGAGCCUCCCCCUACGAAGGCACCCGUCAAGGUAGAGUUGCAAGUCCUUCGCUUGAAGCAAGAUUCGCAGGACAUGGUGAUGGACACCUUGCGAGCCAUCCACGGGGACUCGUUCCAGCUGGGAGACAUUUCCAAAUACGAAGACAAGGGUGGCCGCAUGAAGAAAGCCUACUGGCAAGACCGGGGGAACUUGGUCAUCCAGGGAGGAUGUGAUUUUUCCAACGUGAAGAAGACGGGGAACUCGAACGAGGAUAAGUUCCGGAUGUUUGCGUUAAUUAAGCUGGGGAGCUAUGGCUUCGCUAAGGGACACUGCGAGGAAGCGUUGGACCAUUGCAAGGGGGAUGUGGAUGACGCAUUGGCGUUGCUGUUCGAGAAAUACUUCCCUCCACCGGUUGAUCCGGUGAAAGCGGAAUGUGAUUUCAGUGAAGAAGAACUGGGGCAGAUGCGAGUGGAUGAGAAGGAAGCGCUGGAAUCGAUUUACGACAAGUUGUUUGUGGAGAAGGAGCGCGAUCGGGUUUGGCUGUUGAAGUUUAAGAUUGAUCACUUGAUGGGACACAGUCCGUCGGAGGUUAAGAAAAUGGAACAGCUGAGGAAAAAGCAGGAAGAGGAGGAGCAACGUAAACGACAAAUGGCCGGAAAGAAAAAGAAACCGAAAAAGGAACCGUGUUGGAAUUUUGCUAAGGGAAAGUGCAGGUACGGAAACAAAUGCUACUUCUCGCACGGUUCUGAUUCCGAGGAAGAAGAGAUGUUUAAAGAGAAGAAAGAGAAAUCAGAAGAAGAUCCGAAUUGGUUCUUUUUGGAGAUACGUUUCCAGAAGAACAGCAAAUAUCCUUACGAAGCGCCGUUAGUUUUUUUGAAAACAACUUGUGCAGACAUUCCGCAGCAACUAAUGCUCCGAAUCUGUCGUAGAUUGGUUCAAGAAUCGUUAAGCAUAACACAGGAUGGAAUGCCAUGUGUUUAUUCCAUCGCAGAAUUAUUGCAGAAUGAUGAAGAAAUUCAAAGAUUUAUCGAGCUGGAUCGAUAUCAGUUCCCAGAUCCACGCAGAUCGUUGUUCUUUGUACCGGAAGUUGACGAAAUGAACAAUCUCAAGAUCGAAGAUCUUCCAAGUCACAAUCAGAUGGGAAUAACUAGCCGUACAGCUGGAGCUAAGACUAAUCCGGAACAACUGCAAAAAGAGGAUUUGAACAUCAUUCGUAAGUUUAUGGAUAAACAAAACAACGCUAGCUACAAGGACAUGCUACGACAUCGGAAACAACUUCCAGCUUGGAACAAAAUGAGCGACAUAAUUUCGGCAAUGGAAUCUAACUCAGUUUUGGUUAUUAGUGGAGAAACUGGUUGCGGCAAAUCCACCCAAGUGCCCCAGUUCAUUCUGGAUAAUUGGCUGUACCAGUCGUCAAUGCUGGACGGGAAAGUACCCCACGUUGAAAUUAUUUGCACCCAACCGAGGAGAAUCUCCGCCAUUGGAGUUGCAGAGCGCGUGGCCGAUGAACGUGUUGAAAAAGUUGGAAACACAGUCGGUUAUCAGAUCCGACUGGAGAACAAAAUCUCUUCAUCCACUCGGUUAACGUUUUGUACGACAGGAAUUUUACUGCGACGUCUACAAUCCGAACCGAUGUUGAGCAACGUCACCCACAUUCUUGUGGACGAAGUGCACGAACGGUCUGAGGAAUCAGACUUCUUGCUACUAAUCCUGAAGCAGCUGUUGGAAAAACGAUCGGAUCUCAAAGUUAUUCUCAUGUCCGCUACCCUUAACUCAACCCUUUUUUCGUCCUAUUUCGGUGACGUCCCUGUAUUAGAUAUUCCAGGACGGACCUUCCCCGUUGAACAGCUCUUCCUCGAAGACAUCCUUGAAAAAAGCGAAUUCGUACUGGAAGCCGAUUCCCAAUACUGUCGAAAGCUUCGCAAAGGUGAGGAAGAGCAAUUACUGCAAGAGCUGGAAUAUGCCGAUGUAAAAGCUGCCAACGCUGCACCGGCCAAGACGAUCAAGGACGAAAACCUGAAGAUGGCAGACAUGUUUGCAAGAUAUUCAGACUAUUCAAAAGCAACUUGUAAAACCCUCUACUUGAUAGACCCCCUCCGCAUAAAUCCUGAGCUUAUUGAACACGUCCUAAAGUAUAUCGUCGAAGGAACUGAUCACGGCUGGCCCCAGGAAGGUUCCAUCGUAAUUUUUCUCCCAGGUUUAGCGGAGAUUCAAACCAUCCAUGAAGCCUUAACUGACAGCAAGCUGUUCGGUCCUCGUGAAGGCAAAUUUAUCCUGGUUCCAUUGCAUUCUACCUUGACCAACGAAGAGCAAGCACUCGUCUUCCGAAAGGCACCCAAGGGAAAGCGAAAAAUUGUUCUUAGUACCAAUAUUGCGGAAACGUCGGUUACAAUCGAUGACUGCGUGUUCGUGAUCGAUUGUGGCCAAAUGAAGGAGAAACGAUUCGACUCUGAUAGGAAUAUGGAAUCCCUGGAUAUUGUGUGGGUGUCCCGAGCUAAUGCGCUCCAGAGGAAAGGUCGUGCUGGUCGUGUCAUGCCUGGAGUCUGUAUCCAUCUGUUCACAAAACCGCGAUUUACGAAUCACAUACUCGGACAACCGGUUCCGGAAAUCCAUCGGAUACCACUGGAGCCGUUGUUAUUAAGAAUCAAAACUCUCGAAACUUUGCAGGGCAGUUCUCUGAAGGAGAUCCUAAUGGGCACGAUAGAACCUCCUUCCGAAGAGAACAUCGAAGCCGCCAAAAAGCGAUUGGUUGACGUUGGAGCAUUUGAUUUGGAUGAGAACUUGACAGCGCUCGGCCAUCAUUUGGCCACACUUCCGGUCGACGUACGAAUAGGUAAACUAAUGCUUUUUGGAGCGAUCUUCCAAUGCCUGGACAGUGUGCUUACCAUAGCUGCCUGUCUGAGUCACAAAAGUCCCUUCGUGUCACCCUUCAGCAAACGGGAUGAAGCAGACAGCCGAAAACGUCAGUUCGGCAUUGCAAACAGUGAUCAUCUAACGAUGCUCAACGCCUACAGAAAGUGGAAAGAAACGACCAAAAGAAGUCGAUAUGCAGCGCAUUGCUACGCUGAGGAAAAUUAUCUGUCAACGAAAACCCUUCAAACAAUAGGUGAAAUGAAGUAUCAAUUCCUGGAGUUGCUCAUUUCGAUCGGCUUCGUAUCCAUCGACAUCAGCGGUCGACGAGGAAAGUUCGUCAAGGACGAGCUCCUCGAACUAACCGGGUCCGAUAUCAACGCCAAUGGAGAAAACAAUAGACUUCUGGCUGCAAUUCUAUGUGCCGCCCUUUACCCGAACGUCAUCAAGGUUCUCACUCCUGAGAAAUCAUUUGUGAGUGGGGCCGGGGGUGCCGUCCCUCGACUUCCUCAGCCAUCCGAUCUUCGCUUCAAAACCCAACAAGAUGGAUAUGUCGCACUGCAUCCCUCUUCUAUCAAUUCCAAGUACGGUCACUUUAAUUCCCCCUAUUUGGUGUACCAGGAAAAGGUAAAAACGUCCAGGAUUUUCAUUCGGGAAACUACGAUGAUCCCACUGCUUCCCAUGGUGCUGUUCUCCGGCAGUGAUCUUCGGAUAGAGCUGCACGGCGGAGACUUUGUCAUCUUUCUCGAGGACGGGUGGAUCGCACUGCAAGCCGAAACGCAUCAAGUGGCGGAGAUGAUGAAGUUUUUGCGGUUGGAGCUGGCAAAAAUGCUGGAGCUGAAAAUUAGCGAUCCGCUGUUGAACCUGGCAAAUCACGAGCACGGUCGUAAAGUGAUCGGCACGAUCGUGCAGUUGAUUACGAAGGAGUAGAUUCUAUAUAAAUAUAGGUUAUAUAUUCGGAUAAAAUUAAUGUACUGUUUUAAUGUUAUAAUUGUAACUCAGUUACUUAUAUUUGUAUGUGAUGUGUACACUGUGUUGUACCAAUAAAACCCAGGAAUAAUAAAUGUGAAUGUUACUAUACAAAA